AUGCAAAAACUCUUACAGCAUUACGACGAAUUCAAAAGAAAAACCUAUUAACUGCAUUUCAGGAAUGGCGAGGUCAUCAAGCUCGACGGAUACUCUACUUAUUCCAAUCGCAUAAAUAGAACAUCGUCCAUUUUUUCAAUUGUUUUAUUUGCUCCUUUUAGAAUUGCAAGGAACAACAUCAUUUAUUUCACUCUGUCUAUAAUUUCUUUGGUUUUACUUGCUUCUAUUUGGUUCAUGUAAAUUUAAAACUAUCAUAGAGAUUAGCAAUAAUAUGAAUUUUAUUUCAUCUUCUCUUUCUAACUUUUCGCCCACAUAAGUGUUGAGUUGUACAAUAAAUUCAAAAUUAAUGGCCUGGAUAUUAAAUUAAACAAUCAAGAGAAUAAAAUAUUGAAAUAAUGGGAUGAAUGCAUAAGUAAUAAGGAAAUUUUAAAGCGAAUAAAAUAAAAAGCAUCUUAAAAACCCAAGAAUGAAGAAAUUAAAGAAAAGGAUCGCUCUAUACCAUUAAAACUUGAUCACAGUAUAAAAAAUGAUCAAAUAUAGCGUCAAUUGAGUUAAAAAAGCAGGUCUUCUGGAAUUUCAAUAGUUUAAUCUCAAUUUUCAAGGCAAUCAAUCAAUUAAGGCCGGCCUGCAGGAUCCCCAAGAUAAGAUAGAUUUGAUCGGAUGGGAUCAAGAGCCUCAUUGAUGAGUCCACUCAUUCAUGAAGAUAUGAUUAUAAAAAACGAAUUAAAAAUCAAAUUGGUCUAGGAUCCAGCAAUUAGAAAAUUUAUGCAAUAAGUACCUCGUAUUUUUGAGAAAAAUACUUCAAGAUCAAAAAAGAUUAUUGAUUCUAAAACCAUUAAUACUACAGAUAGAAUGGAUCUCAUUAAAUCCAUUACUGCGGCAGAAAUUAAAUUAGGAGAUGUUAUUAUUGUUGAAAGAAAUCAAAUUGCUUCUUGUGACAUACUUGUUUUGUAUUGUAAUGAUGAAAACUUUGCCAUUUCAAAUCAAUUAUGUGAGUAUUCAGACACAGCCAUGAGAAAACCUUUAGUGUAAAAUAAAUUUGACUCUCAUAAUUUAGUUCUAUUCAAAAAGUCUUUUACCGGCAAUAUUCAAUUAAAUGAAACAAAAAACAAUCUUUCAGGAUAUUUCUAACUCAAAAAAGAUCCAUAAUCAAAAGUUAUUGAAGAUGAAAAUUUUAUUUUUGCUCAAGAAAAACUAUUAAAUACGCCUUGGGUCAUUGGGAUUGUUAUCUAAGUUGGAUUGAAUUGUCGUUGCUAUAAGUAAUUUGAAAUUAGACCUUAAGUUCCAAAUUAUUCAUAAAGAUUACUUAUCUCAAUGAUUUUUCUUUAUUUUGCUUUUUUAAUUUUAACUUACGUCAUCACCUAUUAGAACAAAUAUGUUAAUGAAUAUUUAGAUAUCAUAUCCUUAUUAUUUACAAACUUGCUUAACUUGUUAUUUUUACUUCCACAUAGUUUCAGAUUUUAUUAUAAUCUAAUUUAAUUAUUCUAAUAACGCAUUAUAUAUAAGAUCAGCUAAAUGGAUAUGAAGUAGAUAAAAGCAUUUCAUCCAGAAUAUUAUCAAUAAUACAAGCGUUUGACAUUGAAUUUAGAUUCAAUAUUAGAAGGCACAUUUGAAUUAAGAGCGAUAAUUUGCAACUAUCGCAUUUGUCAUUGUAGAGAAUAAGAAUUAUUUCAACAAGCUCAAGUAUAUGCUUCAUCAAUAUCGAGUCAAAAUAUUUUUAAGACUGUUGAUUCUAAGGAGGAUUCUAAAAUUGUUGAUAUAUAAGCAUCUUAUAGUCAUUAAAUAUAGAAUUCUAAAUAAUAAAAUAAUACAUAAAAUUCUGGUAGAUAUUUAGAAGAAGAAAUAUUUAGUUACGAAGCUUAAGAAGAAAUGGUUCUUAAUAUGCCUUAAACUGUUGGUUUUAGACUCAUUAGCAACUUUACAAACAACGAUAAUACUUAAUAAGAAUUUAAUGCACUUGAGUAACAUUAAAGCAUUAAUCCAGAUAAAAGUGAUUACCAGCAAAAAUCCAGCAUCAAUAGAGUUCAAUUAUCUAUAAACAGUAAAAGUGCCAAGUAGCUAUCUUUGAAAGAUAGCAGAAUUGACAGAAAAUCAAUUUAUUUAAAUGACUUAAUCAAAAUACUUACAAGCGAAGAUGAUUUUAAUAACAUUAUUUUGCUAUAAUUAGCAUUGAAUCACAUUUCAUAUUCCAAACUUAGAUAUACUUAAACGGGAGAAGAAAAAAUUAAAAAUGUCUAAGUUAACUUAUUGGAUGAAAAACAAAUUUAAAUAGCUAAAGCUUUUGGAUUUGAAUUCAUUUGUAAAUAUUUCAGCUUAUGUUGUUUAAAUCAAUUAGAAGCUUUGCUCAUUUAAGUUAGUUGA